GGGCCGGAAGGAAGCGUUUCCCAGGUAACGGCCGGGCCGGGAGGCGGCGGCGUGCGGGGCCCUGGGGGGACGGGGCCCGUGUCUGCGCCAGGUGGUCCCUGCAGUCCGUCUGGCUUAAUUACUUUUCUGUUAACGCCUCACCGUGUAUAAUUCUUCCGUACUUAGUCCCACGAGAAGGAACGGGCGCAUCUAACUGCGGUACGGCACGUUGUCUCUGUUCCAGGCUGGCGGGUUAUGCAGGAGCGAUGGAGACCUCAGAGGAGGAGAACUUUGGUGUAGCCGUCUCCUCCCCAUCUGAUGCAGAGUUUGAUGCCGUCGUCGGGUACCUGGAGGAUAUCAUAAUGGAUGGUGAUUUCCAGACCAUACAGAGGACUUUCAUGGAGAAGCACUACCAAGAGUUUGAUGACUCAGAGGAAAACAAGCUCAUCUACACUUCUAUUUUUAAUGAAUAUAUCUCCUUAAUAGAGAAAUACAUUGAAGAAAAACUGCUCGAUCGGAUUCCUGGUUUUAAUAUGGCUGCUUUCACAAUGUCUUUGCAACAGCACAAAGAUGAAAUGGCAGGUGAUAUAUUUGAUAUGCUUCUCACGUUUACUGACUUUCUGGCUUUCAAGGAAAUGUUCUUGGAUUACAGAGCUGAAAAAGAAGGUCGGAGCCUGGAUUUAAGUAGUGGAUUAGUGGUGACAUCAUUAACCAAAUCAUCGAUAUCCUCCUCCUAGAACGGUUGGUGCACUGCUUCCCUUUUCCAGAUGAGUGCUGCUGCUUUCAUCUGGACAUUAAAACACUACAGGUCACAAGAAUCAAGGUGCUUUUAUGUGAUGCAAACUCUCACUCUCAGACUAUGCCUUCAGAUGCCUGGAACUUGCUGGUAUUCAAUGGCCACAGAAGAAGAAAAUCUUAGCCCUGCUGGUGGAAUUGUAUUUUAAAUACCCAGUAUUUGCACACCAUUCUAACUGUUACGGAGAAACACAGUGCGCUGAGAGGACAAUAAAUAGAACUGAUGUGGGUUUUUGGGGGGGGGGGUUGGCAUCUCAGCCAUUGUCCCAGAAGGCAGAACUUUAAAAAAAAUCAAGAAGGCAAUGCAAAAAGUGUGUGUCUGUCCAGCUCCCGGGCAGGUGUGAAUACGUACAUGUCUUCUUUUAAACUUUAUUCUGAUACUACGUGCUUUGUAACAGAAGUAUAUGUUUUCAUAUGUAGAUAUCUUAUCCUGAGGCUGCCUGUCUGCCCUGUGAGGACUGAUAUGUUAGCGUGUAAAUCUGUCUGCUCAUUGGCUUGAGUCAGUCUCAUCCUUAACAUGCAGAGUUUUGAUUCGCUUUUGGUUCAGGCCCCAGCUGUUCUACACUGAAAAAAUAACAGUGAAAAAUCCAAAGCUG